CCACCACGGCACCAGUAGGAAGCCCUCCGAAAACAACUCUCAUCCAAGUCCACCCUGCCAGCUAUCACGCCUCCACAGAAGCAUUUUCUCCACGGAAAAGAUGGCAGAAAGCGCAUGAGGUAAUUUGAAAUGGGGGAAGUCGCACGCCGAAAGAGCGAAUGCUGAUGCAACGUCUUGAUGUGUAUGUGAUGAGCUGGGCGACUUUUGGGUGCUUUUUUCGGCUGCUGGACUCCGGCAAAAUCACAAAUACGUAUGUGUCUUGGACGAAAGAGGGCCUCAAUUUCGAUGGGAACCAGUGCAACUUGCUCACCACUUUCUCACAUGUGGGUACCUGGUCGGCCAUCUCCCGUCUCAAUUUCUCCUUACUCGGAUCCGCCCUUCAGUCUACCUCCCUAACUGUUAAACUGCUUUUGGUAAUUUCAACCUUUUGCUUUGAGGGCGUGCCGAACGUUAAGACCGUCUUUGCCCUGCGUUUCAUCCUCGGCAUGCUGGAAUCCCCUUUCGCCGUGGGCGUCCUUACUCUCAUGGGCUCAUGGUACACGCCGCGCGAGCUGUUCAAGCGAUUCGCGAUUUUCUACUCUGCAUCCUAGGCUGCUAGAAUGUUCAGUGGUUACCUACAAGCCGCCAUCUACCGCGGCAUGGACGGCACCGCUGGACUAUUUGGAUGGCAGUGGUUGUUCAUCUUCUGCGGGAUUAUCAGUAUCUGGGGUCCGUUCUGGGGUUUCUACUCGAU